ACUAAAAAAUAUACAAUUCUGGCGCUUCUUUACAUUCCCACACACACAUACACACUCUCUCACUCUCUUCUCUUCCUAGGGUUUCUGAUCUCUCUUCCUCUUCGUUCAAUCGCCCUACAUCUGUGUCCUUGGUUACGCGCGAAUACGGCAAUGGCGGUCACGCUGACGGAAGGUGCGAUUACGAGGAUUUGUACGGAGGAAUUCCGUAAGGAAGAUAGCUGGAAGCCGGUGGUUCAAAUCCUGGACUUGAGGAUGGUUAACACGCAAGGGGGUCAACCCGUACCUCCCGAGAAGGAAAGGUUCAGAGUUCGACUCUCCGAUGGUUCGCAUUUUCAACAAGGGAUGUUAGGGACACAGGUCAAUGAUCUGGUCAGACAAGGGAGGUUGCAGAAGGGCUCUCUUAUCCGAUUGAAUGAAUUUGUCUGCACUCCGGUCCAAGGCCGACUGAUCAUUAUCAUAGUUGAUCUGGAGCUGGUACUUGAAACAUGUGAUCUAAUUGGUGAACCUGAACUGGUAACAAAACCCGCAAAUUCCCCAUUAUCGGGAUUGGUUACUGGAAGUGCUCAAUUGUCUAGUGGCAGUAGAUUUUCUACUGGGGCAGUGAAUGAAACUGUGGCUGGGAUGUCUAUGGAUAACACUAGGAUGAAUCAAUCAUUUGGCAGUCCUUACUCUAGUAAUUUUGAUUCUGGAAGAUAUGGGGCGACUAAUUUGCCUUCCACGUACACCAAGUCAGAUCCCAGUGAUAGGUCAUAUAGCCAUCUGAACACAGGAGUUGGGGAACCAGCACCAAUAAGUGGGUUGUAUGGUAAUCAGAACUUGGGUUUCCGCAGCCCUAGACCUGAGGUUUCACGGCCGCCUCUAAAUUCUUAUGGUCGUACGCCACCAGCAUCAUAUCAACAGCCACCGCCAAAUUCUUAUGGGCGCACACCGCAGCCAGCUUAUCAACAGCCACCUCCAAUGUAUAGUAAUAGAGGACCAGUGGCCAAAAAUGAAGCACCUGCAAGGAUAAUACCAAUUUCUGCACUUAAUCCUUACCAAGGAAGAUGGACAAUUAAGGCUAGAGUGACAGCAAAGGGAGAGCUUAGGCACUACAACAAUGCUCGUGGUGAUGGGAAGGUAUUUUCUUUUGAUCUUCUGGACUCUGAGGGUGGAGAAAUUCGGGCAACCUGUUUUAAUGCUGUGGCUGAUCAGUUUUACAAUCAGAUUGAAGUUGGUAGGAUUUAUAUGAUAUCCAAGGGUAGUUUAAAACCAGCACAGAAGAAUUUCAACCAUCUCCGCAAUGAUCAAGAGAUUUUUCUGGAGAGCUCAUCGACAAUACAUCCAUGUUUUGAGGAUGAUAAUGCAAUUCCGCAACAGCAAUUUCAUUUCUGUUCUAUAAGUGAUGUUGAGGGCAUGGAGAACAACAAUAUUGUGGAUUUAAUUGGUGUUGUGUCAUCUAUUAGUCCUGCGACCUCAUUAAUGAGAAAAAAUGGCACAGAGACUCAAAAGAGGGCGCUUCAUUUGAAAGACAUGUCUGGCCGAAGUGUUGAAUUAACUUUGUGGGGAAUUUUUUGCAAUGCAGAAGGACAAAGACUGCAGAAUAUGUGUGACUCUGGGGUUUUCCCCAUUCUGGCUGUGAAAUCUGGUAGAAUCAGUGAUUUCAAUGGAAAAGUUGUGGGUACAAUUUCUUCAAGUCAGCUAUUUAUAGAGCCUGAUUUUCCUGAGGCUCACAGUCUGAAGGAAUGGUUUGAGAAGGAAGGGAAGAAUACCCCAUCUGUCUCUAUUUCCAGGGAAUUAGUAGGUACAGGUAGAACAGAUGUCCGAAAAACUAUAUCCCAAAUAAAAGAUGAGAAGUUGGGGACUUCUGAAAAGCCGGAUUGGAUAACUGUUAGUGCAACUGUUUCUUUCAUAAAGGUUGAUAAUUUCUGCUAUACAGCAUGCCCUCUAAUGAUUGGUGAUCGACAAUGCAACAAAAAGGUCACAAAUAAUGGAGAUGGGAAAUGGCGGUGUGAGAGAUGUGACCAGUGUAUUGAAGAAUGUGACUACCGGUAUAUACUCCAGUUACAAAUACAAGAUCAUACUGGCUUGACAUGGGUAACUGCAUUUCAAGAGGGUGGUGAGGAGAUAAUGGGUGUCUCUGCUAAAAGUUUAUAUUUCUUGAAAUUUGAAGAACAAGAUGAGGAGAAGUUUGCUGAAAUAAUUCGUAAGGUUCUAUUUACUAAGUUUACGUUUAAAUUGAAAAUAAAAGAGGAAACAUACAGUGAUGAACAACGUGUAAAAUCAACUGUGGUGAAAGCAGAAAAAGUGAGUUUUUCAUCUGAGGCCAAAUUUCUUCUGGAUUUAUUGGAAAAGUUAAACAGAGAAGAUUUUAGCUCUGCUCCAAAGGUAGAAAAAAUCAUUUCCAACCCUGGAUUAACUACACCAGUUGACUUUGGUAAUACUGCGGGUGCUGGUAGAGAAUUUGGUGCUCCAGCAAAUCUAGUGGGUCAGUACGGCAAUCAGUAUAGUGGUGGUUCUAGGCUUUCUGCAACUACCUCCUCUGGUUCAUACUUGAGCUGUAAUAGUUGUGGGGCUACUGGUCAUAGCUCUAUGAACUGCCCGAGUAUAGUAAAUGGUCCAGGACAGCCACUGGGAGGGAGCUAUACUAAUAGACUAUCUUCUGGCCCUGUUGGUAACGUCUCAGGUGAAUGUUUUAAAUGCCAUCAAACUGGGCAUUGGGCGAGAGAUUGUCCUGGGUCCAGAGAGAUUCCUCCAUCUUACGGAAGCAGUGGUGCUGUUUCGGGAAGAUACGGAGGAGGAUUCCCCAAACAACAUGUUGGUGGCUUUUGAGAACAAGCUGAAAACUUCAUGGAUCGAAGUGCACUUCCUACCAAUUAUCACCAGCGCUCCCACCGUUUGUUUCUGCAGGGUGGUAAGGUCAUCAUGAGAGAUAUGGCGGCCUGUGUAAUUGUCAGAAUGGUUCUUCUACCAAAAAACUUAUUAUUAUUCUGCAUUUUGCAGAUUUCAGCAAUAUACUCUUUUUAUAAAGUUAUACGAAGAAGAAUCCUCAAGAAUUAGAAGAGACUAAUAUUUAAGAAUAAGUCAACGUACUCCUUUGGUUA